AGUUCCGGGGAGGAACCAGGCUGCGCCGGCCCCUCCGCCCGGUUCAUAAGGAGCAGUCCGCGGCCGCCACCACCGCCACCGUCACUGCCGCGGCUCCGUCCCGCGCUCCGCCCGUCCGCUCGCCCGCCCGCGCCGGGGCCAUGGCCGGCCCCUGCCGCCCAGCCCUCCUCGUGUUGUGCAUGGUGCUGAGACUGUGGGGGGCUGCAGCCUACAAGACAGGAGGCUGUGCCAAGUGGUGUCCUCCACACUCCACGUGCCUCAAUGCCACCACCUGCCGAUGUGAGCCGGGAUUCACUUCCGGGGAGGAGCCCAUCAUCACCAGCCCAGAUGGAAGCUGCGACGACAUCAAUGAGUGUGCACCGCCUUUGAGGACGUCCUGUGGGAAGUUUGCCGACUGUCAGAACACAGAAGGGAGCUAUUACUGCCUGUGCAGCCCAGGAUAUGCACUCCUUUCUGGGGGAAAAAAAUUCCAUAAUGAGAGUGAGAACACGUGUCAAGAUGUGAACGAAUGCACCUCCGGCCACAACCGCUGCCACAACUCCACCCAUUGCCUCAACAAAGCCGGCGGCUACCAGUGCCGCUGCCGACCGGGCUGGAGGCCGAUCCCGGGAUCCCCAGACGGCCCGCCGGACACCCAGUGUGAAGACGUGGACGAGUGCCGCCUCAGACUGCACGAGUGCCACAGCUCCACCACCUGCAUCAACACCGUGGGGUCCUACAAGUGCCGCUGUUCCCCGGGCUGGGAGCCGCUGCCGGGGCACACCCGGGAUGCAAAGAAUCCUGAGUGCCAAGGGAUCGACUUCCCCACCUGGACGGCGCCCCCCGGAAUCCACAGCCCGGCUCUUGACGCCUUCUUUGAGGAAGUGCAGAAUCUGACCAGAGACUUCAGGCCACAAUCACCCCAGGACACAUCAGACACCAUCCAGAAACUCAUCAAGGCCCUGGAUGGACUGCUCCAGGCACCUGGGGACAUGGAGAAGCUGGAGCCCCCUUCCCAGCACCGCCUUGCCACCCAGCUGCUGGUGGGCAUGGAAGGUACCCUGAGGACCUUGGCCCAGUCACUGCCUGAAGGUUCUUUCAACUAUACCUCCAGUUCCAGCACGGAGUUGUCCCUGAUGGUCCAGCCACAGAAGAAUGGUGACACCACAAUCGGCCAUAGCCAGGCACAGAUGAUGCUAAACUGGGCUAUAGCAACUGGAAAUGAAACUUCUAGAUAUGGCCUUACUGUGGCAGGCAUCCUAUCCACACCAAACAUGAAAAACUUGCUGGCCAAUGCCUCCUUAGACCUGGAAGGGAGGCUGGCUGCUUUAGAGAAGACCUACGAGAGCCCUGUCCUGGACGCACAGCUCAGAUUUCUCUCCAAUGUCAAUUCUGUGUUUUUGAGCAACAUGAACACAGGGAAACUUGCCUCACCAGUCACCUUCAACUUCUCACACUCCCGAGAGAUGCCUGGGCCUCGGGAGGAGGUCAUCUGUGCUUUCUGGAAAGGGGAGGAUGGCAACAGGAGUGGACACUGGUCCACGGAAGGCUGCGAGGUGCUGGGCACAAAGGAUGGCAUGACCACAUGCCAGUGCCAUCAUCUGAGCAGCUUUGCGAUUCUCAUGGCCCACUAUCACAUCCAGGACCCGAGGCUGGAACUGAUCACGAAGGUGGGGCUGUCGCUGUCACUCAUCUGCUUGCUGCUCUGCAUCUUCACUUUCCUGCUGGUUCGCUCCAUCCAGAGCUCCCGCACCACCGUGCACCUGCACCUGUGCCUCUGCCUUUUCCUGGGCUCGGCCAUAUUCCUGGUGGGCGUGGAGAACAAUGGGGACGGCGAGGUGGGGACGCGCUGCCGCCUGGUGGCCGGGCUGCUGCACUACUUCUUCUUGGCCGCCUUCUGCUGGAUGAGCCUGGAGGGCCUGGAGCUCUACUUCCUGGUGGUGCACGUGUUCCACGGUCAGGGCCUGCGCACCCGCUGGCAGUGCCUGCUGGGGUACGGCGUGCCGCUGCUCGUCGUGGUUGUGUCGGCCGCCGUCUACAGCGAGGGCUACGGCCGCCCUACCUACUGUUGGCUGAGCCUGGAGUGGGGCUUCCUCUGGAGCUUUGUGGGGCCCCUGGCCUUUAUCAUCCUGUGCAACGCGGUCAUCUUCGUGAUCACCGUGUGGAAGCUCACGCAGAAGUUCUCGGAGAUCAACCCCGACACAAAGCGGCUGCGGAAGGCGCGCGUGCUCACGGUCACGGCUAUUGCGCAGCUCUUUGUGCUGGGCAGCACAUGGGGCUUCGGCCUGUUCCUCUUCGACCCGCACAGCUCGGCGCUGUCCUACGUGUUCACGCUGCUCAACUGCCUGCAGGGACUCUUCCUCUUCCUACUGCUCUGCCUGCUCAACAAGAAGGUGCGGGAGGAGUACCGCAGGUGGGCCUCCGCCCUGGUGGGGGGCAAGUACUCAGCGUUCAGCUCUUCCCACUCGUCCAGCACCGGCACCAGCCAGCAGACCCGGGCCCUGAGGUCUUCCGAGUCGGGAUGUGAAACCUUGGGCAGGGCCCGGCGCAGCAGCCACCCUUUCGGGGACGGGGCCCAGGGCUGCGGACCACAAUGGGGAGAGUGAGGCCCACGCUUUUAGACUUUUUAAGCUAGGACUCAAGCCACUGAGGCUCACGGUACGAGGCCGCGGCCUCCUGCAUGGAAGGCGUGGACGUCGCGUGUGUUUUUGUCUGUGGAACCCUUUCUAUGUUGUAUGUUGUAAAUAUUAAAUAUUACUGGUACA